UGGAUAGUAGCUUGCCACAGCCACUGCUAGAGGAGCGCGCACACACAUACAUGCAGACUCACACACACACACUCUGAAGGCUAGUGUGUGAGCCAGCCAGCCAGUCAGUCGGUGUGAGUGUGUGAGCCAUGUUGGAUGUGAAUGAACGGGAGGAGAGAUGCUGCUGCCGCGCCGCUCCUAACGCUCAGACCUCCAGCUCCACGGACCACAGCGGGUAGAUGCCAACUCUCCAGGCCGACAGAGAGACGGGGGAGCCUGGGGGAAGGUGUCGGGCGGUGCUGGCGGUCCUGGAACUGGCCACAUAGCCGGAACGAAGGACAGAGAGAAGUAACGGGGGAGAAGGGAAGGCACACUCGUGAGUGAGAAAGAGAGAAUAGGCAGAGGUGGAAGAGGGAGAAAGGAGGGGAGACACAGAGAAAGGAGAAGACUAAAUGGCUGCACCGCUACCGGGCUUUACCCCGCUCCUGCUCUCAUCUCUGGCACUCCACCUGCUUCUCCUCGGCCCUUUGUUCGCCUUCACCCCGGGGACGGUGAAUACAGGAGGAGUUUCCAACAGAUGGACCCCGGGCCUCUGCUAUCGAGACGCCGGUAAAGUGAGCCAGCAGCAACAGCAACACCAGUGCGAGGAGGCAAGGGAGUCGCCGAGGGGCAGCUGGAAUCUACGCCCAAGCAGGUGGACCGUGGAGCGGAUACAGAGAGAGGGAUGCUCGGGAGUGCAGCGCGCGGGAGAGACGCUGAGAGGAUAUCUGCGGGAUGGAGCGAAGGGGAGGCGGAAAGAAGGACCGAAAGGAGUCGGGACGUUUUGGAAGACUGCAGACGGCCCUCCGGCUCCAUCGCCACCUACUCUCCAACUCCACCCUGGUAUUAGGAGCAGGUUGAACUCCGAUGGCGUCGGUGGAGGAGAGAGAGUGGAAAGAGGAAGGCUGGGCAGAAAGGGCGUUGUUUCACCUCCCACUUCACCUGUUUCCACCCCCUCGCCGGUUCAAAACGGUAAAAAACGGCCAGUACAAAGGACUAGAGCGUGCGCGCAACGGUGGCCGGCGUCGCGACCACACCUCGCCAAACGUGGUGCCGCCGGAGCCUUUGUGCACGCCUCUGGCCUGAACGGGGCACCCGGAAGUGGAGGGAGGAGAGGGGGAGAGGUGUGGGAGAGGGCUCCUGAGGUGAAGAGACUGCUUGCUGCAUGGUGCUCCCCGACACACUGGCCGUGCCCCGACAAACCACCCCUCUCCGUGGCCAGCACUCCCUCACCUGGCCUCUUCCCAGCUGGUUUCUCUCACUGCAUUCAUUCUCUUUCUGGAUACAUUUCACCCCACGCUGAUGCUUCAAACACAUUCAAGCCUACUUUUACCAACAAUUCAGACUGUGUCCGGGCAUCUCAAUUGGAUUGCGUGUGUAAUUUUCACAACAUUCAGCAACAGCUAGUUUACAGGAACGGCAACAAGGCGAAGCGCUGGGAUGGCUCAGUCAGCAUGAACAGGCGGGCUGGUAAUUGUUCUCAUUUGGGCUGGCAUAAUGUUAUCGAUCCCAACAGGAGCAGGGAGAGGGGUGACGAUAGCGGUUUGACGGGGUGCAUUAGAGAGAAUGGAGGAGGGCCGAGAGGUGGGGGAGAUGAGGGGAGGGAAGCGUACAGGUGUAGCGCGCUGGAGGAGAUUAGCAAUCUAGGUUGUUGGUUACCUCCUCUCUGUGAAGCAAGGUCUAAGCGUGCCAGAGUUAUUCAUGAAAGGAAGAAAAGAGAGGUAAAUGAUGGGAGAGGGGGAGAGAUGAGCCACAGCAGCAAACACAUUCAUUUAUCUAAUUAUCCGGAUAAUGGUUUGGCUUUUCUGAUACUGAAGCUCUCGUGUAGUACUGAUAAUGAGCUUCAGCGGGGGAAAUCAGCACCAGAAACCGAGGGGCAGAGCAGUCAAACCCGGAGAGAGAGCAGGGCGGACAGGGUGGGUCCCAGUGGUGGCUCUGGUUGUUUAGACAGAGAAGAAAUGGGGGGUGGAUAUUUAGCUGAAUUUACGACACCCGAGGGAGGCAUAGCUCCGAGGAAGCGCCUCAUCCAAAUUGCCCUCAGCAGCAUUAUUUCAGAGACGCCCUGCCAGCAGUCCCCAUCCAACAAAACCACCGUCCCCCAAAACGCGUCAAAAUACUCUGAAUACUCUGGCUCUGAAGUUACUGAAACAGCGCCCACUCAAACAGAAACAGACGAGAGCUGGGAAAGUGGGAGACGAGUCACAGCGCUCAGUCUGUCUGCUGGAAAAGUGAGAGCAACUUCAGAGACACAGUCUGCCGGUGACUCAGGCUUUUCCUCGCCUGCUAAGUUUCCCGCUACAUCUCCCAGUCACUCUGAAGCAGCAGUGCAGCCUGCAGCAGAGUACCUGUCGCUCGUCUCGGCAGUUAACCUGACCACAUGGUCUGCGCGUUCGCUACACUCCCCCCGUGUAGAGGAGCUUUCAGCACGACGGACAGCUCCUCCAGACGCUGGGCGCGUGUUUUUGUGGAGCAAGUCCAACACUAAUAAUAAUAAUAACAAUAAUAAUAAUAAUAAUAAUAAUAAUGAGGAAGAGGAGAGAGGCGGCGGGGGAAAUAGAUAUGAGUCUGAAAUAGAAAAUUCGCUGUGGCGUGGUCAAACGCAGUGGGAAAGCGCGCAGAGAGCGAUGGCUCACCCAGGAUGCUCUGGUAGCAUUUCCACUGACUGCUCAGCUACCCCGCGCGAGGACGGUGCACAUAUGCAAUUAAAACCCGGUAAGCAAGUGCCACUAGAGCCCGAAGGUGUCAGACAGGCAACGGGGCGGCAGAUGGGAGAUAAAGGAGAAAGGCAGAGGGAGGAAGAGGGCUUUGAGGGGUCCGCUGUUGCUGCUGCCUCUGUUUGGGGAGGAAAAUUACAGGUGGGGGAGGGCCAGAGAGAGGCGCGGCUGAUGGGAGGGAGAGAAACAGGGGCAGAGGAGGAGGAGGAGUGGGAGAGGGGAAGGAGAAUAACAAAGGCAAGCCAGGCAGAGGAGAAAGAGGCAAAGGGAGAGAAGGGUCAGGACAGGGGCAGUAGCACCACCAUCACACAGCCAGAUAGCAAAAUAGGGAAGAAAGAAAGCCAGGGGGAUGAAAGCCACCAGGGAGGAGGCAGAGGGGAGGUGGAGGGGGAGGAAAAGAAAAAGCACAGUUCAAGGGGAGAGAGGAGCCUGGAACGACUGAUAAUCGUAGCAGAUGAUGAUACCUCACAGAGAGAGACUGAGAGAAAGAUUUUCAUGCCAUGGUCUCGCUCGAAACGUGCAGCCAAUAGGCAUCCCCAUUUCUCCCAGUACACCUACCAAGUACAUGUGGCUGAAAACCAGCCGCCUGGCACAUCAGUGAUCAUCAUGUCCGCCUCAGACCCAGACGGAGGAGAUGCAGGCAGGCUGAGCUACACAAUGGCCCCGCUGAUGAACAGUCGAUCGUCCGACUACUUCCACAUUCACCCAGACACCGGCCUCAUCACCUCCACUCAGAUUCUUGACCGAGAGCACAUGGACCUACAUUACUUCCGGGUCACGGCGACUGAUCAUGGCUCCCCUCGCCUCUCUGGCACCACAAUGGUGUCCAUCACUGUUUCAGACCGGAAUGAUCACUCUCCUAUAUUUGAGCAGUCAGAGUACAGGGAGACGAUUAGGGAGAAUGUGGAGGAAGGCUAUCCCAUACUACAGCUGAGAGCGACUGAUUCAGACUCCCCAUCCAAUGCCAAUAUUCGUUACCGGUUUGUCGGUGACUCAGCUACAAUGGCACGGGCGGCCUUUGAGAUUGACCCUCGCUCUGGCCUCAUUACAACCCGUGGGUCAGUGGACCGGGAAACGAAUGAACACUACACCCUGCAGGUGGAGGCCAGCGACCAGGGGAAGGAUCCGGGGCCGCGCUCUGCUACCGUUAAAGUUUUCAUCACCGUGCUGGAUGAAAAUGACAAUGUGCCACAGUUCAGUGAGAAACGCUAUGUGGUGGCAGUGAAGGAGAAUGUCAGGCCUCAUUCUGAAAUUCUCCGUGUCAGCGCCACAGACCGGGACAAGGACAGUAAUGCUGUUGUUCACUACAACAUCAUCAGUGGCAACAGCCGUGGGCAGUUUUCCAUUGACAGCGUCACUGGUGAGAUCCAGGUGGUGGCACCACUAGACUAUGAGGCCGAACGAGAGUACACGCUCCGCGUUCGCGCACAGGACAACGGGCGGCCACCCCUUUCUAACAACACUGGGAUUGUCAGCGUCCAAGUGACAGACGUCAACGACAAUCCGCCCAUCUUUGUCUCCACACCAUUUCAGGCAUCCGUGCUUGAGAGCGCCCCAAUUGGUAGUUCAAUCCUCCACAUCCAGGCCAUUGAUACAGAUUCUGGUGACAAUGCUCGUCUGGAGUACAGGCUAACUGGCACAAGCUCUGACACGCCAUUUGUUAUCAAUGCCGCAACAGGCUGGGUCACCGUCAAGUCUAUUCUUGACAGAGAAUCUGUGGAGCACUACUUUUUUGGCGUGGAGGCCAGGGAUUAUGGCAUGCCCCCUCUUUCCGCUACAGCCAGUGUGACUAUAACAGUGAUGGAUGUUAAUGACAACCGCCCUGAGUUCCUCCAAAAGGAGUACUAUGUCAGACUGAACGAGGACGCAGCGGUUGGCACCAGCGUAGUGACUGUCACAGCUGUGGAUCGUGACGUCAACAGUGCGGUGACCUACCAGAUAACAGGAGGAAACACCAGAAACCGCUUUGCUAUCAGCACGGCGGGAGGGGGUGGGCUUCUCUCUCUAGCUCUCCCACUAGACUACAAACAGGAGCGGCGCUACGUUCUCACUGUCACUGCCUCAGACAGAACCCUCCAUGACACCUGUCAGGUGCACAUCAACAUCACAGACGCCAACACACACCGCCCUGUUUUCCAAAGCGCCCAUUACUCUGUUAGUGUGAACGAGGACCAGCCACCUGGAAGCACCAUAGUCGUGAUCAGUGCCACAGACGACGAUGUUGGCGAGAAUGCUCGAAUCACGUACUUCCUCGAGGACAAUAUCCCGCAAUUUCGCAUCGACCCAGCAACAGGAGCCAUAACGCUCCAGGCAGAGCUUGACUAUGAAGACCAGAUGACCUACACGUUGGCUAUAACAGCCAAAGACAACGGCAUACCGCAGAAAUCAGACACGACAUACGUUGAGGUGAAUGUCAAUGAUGUCAAUGACAACGCACCUCAGUUCCUCAGUCCCAGGUAUCAGGGAACAGUGAGUGAAGAUGCCCCUUCCUACACCAGUAUUCUCCAAAUCUCAGCCACCGAUCGGGAUGCACACGCCAACGGUCGUGUUCAAUACACCUUCCAAAACGGUGAGGAUGGGGGUGGAGACUUUACCAUUGAACCGAAAUCCGGGAUCGUCCGAAAUAGCAGACGUUUGGAUCGCGAGAACGUGCCAUUCUAUGAGCUCACUGCCUAUGCUGUUGAUCGCGGUGUACCCUCUCAGCAAACUCCUGUCCACAUCCAGGUGACAGUCCUCGAUGUGAAUGACAACGCCCCUGUUUUCCCCGCUGAUGACUUUGAGGUUUUAGUAAAAGAAAACAGUGCUGUGGGUUCUGUGGUGGCACAGAUAACAGCCACCGACCCUGAUGAGGGUGCCAAUGCUCAGAUCAUGUACCAAAUUGUAGAGGGCAACAUCCCAGAGAUCUUCCAGAUGGACAUCUUUUCAGGAGAGCUCACGUCACUCAUUGAUCUUGACUAUGAGACGCGCAACGAGUAUGUCAUUGUGGUCCAGGCCACGUCAGCACCUUUAGUCAGCCGUGCUACUGUCCGAAUCCGAUUGGUGGACCAGAACGACAACAGGCCAACUCUACAAGACUUUCAAAUCAUUUUCAACAACUUUGUGUCCAAUCGGUCCAACAGUUUCCCCACCGGGGUAAUAGGGAGGGUACCUGCUCACGAUCCUGACGUGUCAGACAGACUGUACUACACCAUCGAAAGGGGGAAUGAGCUUCACCUGCUGCUCCUGAAUCACACCAGCGGAGAGAUCCGACUGAGCCGAAAACUGGAUAACAACAGGCCGCUGGUGGCUCCCAUGCUGAUCUCCGUCACGGAUGGCGUCCACAGCAUUUCGGCUCAGUGUGUUCUCCGCGUCCUCAUUAUCACAGAGGACAUGUUGGGCAGCAGUGUCACUGUCCGCCUUCAGAACAUGUCCCAGGAGCACUUCCUGUCACCACUGCUGGGAACCUUCUUGGAAGGUGUGUCCGCUGUUCUCUCAGUUCCUGUCGAGGAUGUUUUCAUCUUCAACAUUCAGCCGGAUCUGGAUGCGGCACCCGGAGGAAUCCUGAAUGUCAGCUUCUCUGCCGCAUUGCCGGGCGGACAUUUCUUUCCCUCUGAGGCCCUGGAGGAGCAGCUGUACCUGAACAGGCCGAGGCUGACGUCACUGACACAGAUGGAGGUCCUCCCGUUUGAUGACAACGUGUGCUUGCGGGAGCCUUGCCAGAACUACAUGAAGUGCAUCUCAGUGCUGCGUUUCAACAGCUCUGCCCCCUUCAUCUCCUCACCCUCCAUCUUGUUCCGGCCCAUCCACCCCAUCGCAGGACUACGCUGCCGCUGCCCAGUGGGAUUCACGGGUGAUUACUGUGAGACAGAGAUCAACCUGUGCUACUCCAACCCCUGUCUGAACGGAGGGGUGUGUGCCCGCAGAGAGGGAGGGUACACCUGUAUCUGCCGCGAAGACUACACCGGUGAUCGUUGUGAGUUUGACCACCGGCAGGGCAGGUGCAUGCCAGGUGUGUGUCGUAACGGAGGGACGUGCCGGGAGCUUUCGGGUGGGGGUUUCCGAUGUGAGUGCCCGGCAGGAGCCUAUGAGCGACCAUACUGCACCGUCACCGCCCGGUCCUUCCCGCCCAAGUCCUUUGUCAUGUUCCGGGGGCUCAGACAGAGAUUUCACCUCUCCAUCUCAUUAACAUUUGCCACCCUGGAGAACAGUGGUCUUCUCUUCUAUAAUGGACGCUUUAACGAGAAACAUGACUUCAUUGCCUUAGAGAUCCAAGAAGGACAAGUGGUGUUCAAAUACUCCACAGGUGAGUCAUCCACCCAGGUGAGUCCCUUCCUGCCAGGGGGUGUGACCGAUGGUAACUGGCAUACAGUUCACAUCCACUACUACAACAAGCCUGCUACACGUUAUCCCAAGCGCAGUAUGAGUGGUGAGGCUCAGGGUCCGUCAGAUGAGAAGAUUGCCGUGGUGAGCGUUGAUGACUGUGAUACAGCCUUGUCGCUUCGCUUUGGUACGCAGCUUGGAAAUUACAGCUGUGCUGCACAGGGCAAACAAACCAGCAGUAAGAAGUCUCUGGAUUUGACUGGUCCAUUAUUUCUGGGUGGAGUCCCUAAUGUGCCAGACAACUUUCCCUUUGGCACCAGGGAGUUUAUCGGUUGCAUGAAAGAGCUGCACAUCGAUAGCAAACCGCUGGACAUGGCUGGAUUUAUCGCCAAUAAUGGAACGCUUCCUGGCUGCAGUGCCAAACAUCCCUUCUGUAAGUCCAACCCGUGUCAGAACGGAGGAACCUGCAGGGUGAGCUGGGAGACUUUCUCCUGUGACUGUCCCCUAGGGUACGGUGGGAAGGACUGCAGCCACGUGAUGACACACGUACACCGCUUUCUGGGUAACAGCGCCCUCUGGUGGGACCUGAAGAAUGACGUAACCAUCUCCGCACCCUGGUACCUCGGCCUGGUGUUCAGAACCAGAGCCCGCGAGGGGACUUUGCUGCAGGCCCAGGCUGGCCAGUAUAUCAGCCUGGUGUUCCAGGUAAUUAAUGGUCAGCUGGUCUUUUCGGUGACCCGCGGCUCAACCAGACCGGUGCGUUUGCGGUUGGAUCAGGUUCAAGUGGCAGACGGCCGGUGGCACGACCUCCAGCUGGAGCUGCGAGACGUUCGCAGUGGCCGCGAGACUCGCUAUGUCGCCACACUGCGGCUGGACUUUGGACUCUAUCAGGGAACAGUGAUAGUGGGAAAUGAGAUUCAUGGUUUGAAGGUGAAACAUCUGCAUGUUGGAGGAGUGCUGGGCUCUGGGGAGGUUCAGAACGGGAUAAGAGGAUGCAUACAGGGUGUUCGAUUGGGCGUGAGACCGGACGCCCCCGCUCUGCCCCGCCCCUCUAGAGCUGUCAAAGUGGAAACUGGCUGCAGUGUCGGUAAUCCCUGCCUCUCGUCUCCCUGUCCAGCUCAUAGCCGUUGUUCCGACCAAUGGGAGAGGCACACCUGUCUAUGUGAACCCGGUUAUUAUGGGAAAAGCUGCAUUGACGCCUGUCAUCUGAAUCCAUGUGAGAAUGAGGCUCACUGCCACAGGAAGCCCAGCUCUUCCCAUGGAUACAUUUGUGACUGUGGAGACAACCACUACGGGCAAUACUGCCAGCACAGGAUUGAUCAUCAGUGUCCCAGGGGUUGGUGGGGAUCUCCAACCUGUGGACCGUGCCACUGUGACACCAAUAAAGGCUUCGAUCCUGACUGUAAUAAGACCAGCGGACAGUGUCAGUGCAAGGAGUUCCACUUCCAUCCUCGAAACUCGGACACCUGCCUGCCGUGCGACUGCUACCCAGUGGGGUCCUUCUCGCGGGCAUGCGACCCAGAGUCAGGACAGUGUCAGUGCAGGCCUGGCGUAAUUGGUCGCCAGUGCAACUCAUGUGACAACCCUUUUGCUGAGGUCACAAACUCAGGCUGUGAAGUCAUUUAUGAUGGUUGUCCAAAGACCAUUACUCAGGGGAUCUGGUGGCCACGUACCAAGUUCAACCUGCCUGCCGCGGUGCCCUGCCCCAAAGGCUCUGUCGGUGCUGCCAUUAGACACUGUGAUGCGGAGAGAGGCUGGUUGGAGCCGGACCUUUACAACUGCACUUCACCUCCGUUUGUGGAGCUCAGUGCUGCUCUCGAUUCCCUGGAGCGCAACGAGACAGAGCUGAACACCAUCAUGGAGAAGAAGCUUGCCCACCAGCUCCGUGAUGUAACCGAGGCUACCACCCGGCUCUAUGGCAAUGACCUGCAGAUAGCUGAGCGGCUGCUGUCACGCCUCCUAACAUUUGAGACCCAGCAGAGCGGCUUCGGACUCACCGCCACCCAGGAUGCGUACUUCAAUGAGAACGUCCUGCGAGGCUGCAGUGUGCUGUUGGGUCCGAGCACCUCUGGGCUUUGGCGUGCUCUCGCUCAGAGUCAGAACCACAUCCCAGGCGGCGGUCCGGGAGCGCUGACGGAGCUACUGGAGCAGUACGCCAAGAAUCUGGCUCAGAACAUGAAACUCACCUACCUCAACCCAGUGGCGCUGGUUGCUCCCAACAUUGUUAUGAACCUGGACCGUGUGGAGAACCACACCCAUGUGCGGAGGCGUUUCCCACGCUACCACACCACCCUGUUUCGCGGUCAGGCUUUGUGGGAUCCCUAUACUCAUGUGAUACUGCCCCCUGCUGCUCUGGUGCCACAACGGCAGCGGCUGCAUAACUGGAAGGAGAAGGAGAGGACGGAAAAAGAACUUUCAGCCUCAGAUCCUCAAAACACCGCUUCGGCGCCUGUCAGUAUCUCGGCCAAUCAGACAGGAGAAUACACUGCAGCAAAACGUACUGCUGCGUUGCCUGAGCCGCCCAUAACCAUCGUGAUCCUGCUCAUUUACCGAAGUCUGGGUGCUGCCCUUCCUCCCAAGUACCACACAGACAGACGAGGAGUGAGGCUUCCCAGACAUCCAGUAAUGAACUCCCCGGUGGUCACUAUCUCUGUCUACAACAACCAGACGUUUGUGGGCGGACAUUUAGAGCAACCCAUCUUACUGGAGUUCAAGCUGCUAGAGACGGCCAAUCGCAGCAAGCCUCUGUGUGUACAAUGGAACCACAGCAGCCCGUAUGAGAUUGGAGGUUGCUGGACGGUGAGAGACUGUAUGGUGGUGUACAGAAACACGUCUCAUGUGCGCUGUCAGUGCCAGAGACUGGGCACCUUUGGCGUGCUGAUGGACAGUUCGCAGAGAGAGCAGUUGGAGGGCGACCUGGAGACGCUGGCCCUGGUCACAUACUCUUCUUUGUGCGUCUCCAUGCUGGCGCUGCUCCUCACUGUCCUGGUGCUCUCCUGUCUCCGGGGCCUCAAGUCUAACACCAGGAGCAUCCAUUCAAACACAGCGGCAGCCAUGUUUUUAUCAGAGCUGGUGUUUUUGCUUGGGGUCAAUCAGACUGAACAACAGUUCCUGUGUACGGUCGUCGCCAUCCUGUUGCAUUACUUCUUCAUGUCCACGUUCGCCUGGAUGUUCGUGGAAGGUCUUCAUAUCUACCGAAUGCAAACAGAGCAACGCAACAUCAACUAUGGAGCCAUGAGAUUCUAUUACGCCAUUGGCUGGGGCGUUCCCGCCAUUAUCACAGGCCUGGCAGUAGGUUUGGACCCAGAGGGUUAUGGAAACCCAGACUUCUGUUGGAUAUCCAUCUAUGACAAACUAAUCUGGAGCUUCGCUGGUCCCAUCGGCAUCGUCAUACUGUUGAAUGGGGGCAUUUUCACCAUUGUAGCCAAGAUGUCGUGUAACCCAUCUCAGAAGGAGACCAAGAAACUUCCUGUCAUCGCCACUAUCCGCAAUGCCUUCUUGCUGUUGCUGGUGGCCACCUCCACCUGGCUCUGUGGUCUGAUGGCUGUAAAUAACAGCAUACUGGCUUUCUACUACAUAUUUGAUGUCCUCUGCCUAGUACAGGGUCUGUCAGUGAUGCUAGUCUUCACCGUGUUCAACUCAGAAGUUCAGGAGGCAUGGAGAGUCGCCUGUUUGGGUAAAAAGAGUCCUGGAGAAGAUCCCCCAAGACCACCGCAGAGCACAGCACAGAACCCCUAUCACAACGCUUCACUGUUGGAGCAGAGCGGGCUGCACCGCAUCACACUGGGAACCUCCACAAUCUCCUCCGUCAGCUCUGCCAGAGAAAACCUUUUGGCUCGUCAGACUCUGGAGCAAAACAUCGUCCAUACUGGUGCAACCGACCUGGAUGUAGCCAUGUUCCACAGAGACGGGGGUGAAGAUUCCGACUCAGACUCGGAUCUCUCUAUGGAGGAAGAACGCAGUCUCUCCAUUCCUUCUUCGGAAAGCGAGGACAACGUCCGUCUCCGUGGCCGCAUCCAGCGGCGAUUCAAGCGCUCCAAUCACGGCGAGCGCCUGCUCACAGAGCCCGCCAACAACGGCACCAAAGAGCUGGACGGCAACGACCUUUUAUCCUACUGGCCAGCUUUGGAAGAGUGCGAGGCACGCACUCUGCAGAAGUGGGGCUCAGAGCGACCCCUGGGGGCAGAUUACAGCAAGGACGCAGCAAAUAACAACCAGCUAGACGCAGCGCUCACUAGUGGAGACGAGAACGGCCUUACCCACCCACACAGGCACCGCAAAGGAAUCCUCAAGAACCGUCUUGGCUGUCCUCCUGCACUCCAGGGUCUUUCCAGUAUGGGCCGGGUCCCCAGUGAGCUCAACUGGUACCGAACCUCUACUCUUGGCCACCGAGGUGUUCCUGCUGCCUCGUAUGGUCGCAUGUACUCUGCCACAGCUGGUGCCACGGGAGGCUCCGGCUCUCUCUCCCAGCCAGCUUCCCGCUACUCCUCUAGGGAGCACCUGGACUCGCUUGCACGGAGGCAGCUGUCCAGGGAUCCACUCGGGAGGCAGACGGUCGGCGGAUCAAGGGAUCGGUUGGACUGCCGGGGCUCCAGGGACAACCUGGAUCUCUUACCCAGGAGGAGAGAGCUGGGGCUGGGGCAGGGGUCAAUGUUAGGGACCCUGGAGCACCAGCGAGUCUCAUUAUCCAGGGAGAACUUGUCAGGAUCCAGGGACAGACUGGACAACCACCAUGCUACUGGCUUCCACGGAUCGAGGGAGGAUGUGAGUGGAAACGGAGGGGCUGUCGGUGCUGGGAUUGAGGGAUACCUCGGCGGAUCAAGGUUGCAGCUGAGCUCGCUGACUCGGCGACAGGCCUCAUCCCGGGAGCACCUCGGAGAAGCUCUCGUGAGCAGUAGAUCAAGGGAGCAACUUGACACCAAUGGAAUGGGAGCCCAGGCUCAGCCAUGUCGGGAGUGGCUCCGCACUCUGCCACCCCGCCAGCCCUCACACCCUGACCAGCCGCCCUCCUCUUCUCCUCCUCCCCCGAUAUCUGAGGAGCCUCAGCAGGAGCACCUACCUCCUUCAGCUCACGCCAGAGGACGACUGGACUCAGCUUCAUGUAGGUUUCCUGGUCAGGCCGCCCCCCAGAUCGCAGGUUCAAAUCCAAACCCCUUGGGUCGACAACCGUCCAGUGAACACCUGGAUAUUCUUUCCUCCAUUUUAGCAUCCUUCAAUUCCUCUGUCCUCACUCCUCCCCCUGCUGCCCCAAACCCUGGUCCAAACGGCUCCGUCCACGGACCUUCCCCAUCCCCGUCCCAGUCUGCCACCUCCCAUAGCAUAUCUGAAGUCUCCCCUGACUCCGAAGCCAACAGAAGUGAGGGACAGUCUUGAUGACAACCUCCGCAUCCCUUAAUGCAUUGCUACAGUGCUGGGGUCACAUUGGACAUGUUCAAAGGUCGCGGAUGGACCUGAAGCACCGGGACAACCUGGAACAUUCGAGGACAGGGAAACAAAACCGAGACAGAGGAAACGCAGAGACACAAAGACGGACAAAACAUCCAAUGAUAACACAGAUUCAAGAGAAAGUCAGUGGGCGGCGUGUACUGUGUAAAGAGUUUUCGAGUGUCACCGCCUACGGCGAACGACGAUGUUUCUGUGGACGAUGAGUCAACCACCUCUACUACCUACAAACUGUUAAAGGCAAAAACACAAACUCCUCAGAUUUCAAACAAACGAGAUCCGUCAAAAUGAAAAAAAAAGAAACUGUAAAUAACAUUUUUAUACAUUUUGUAUCUUUUUCAUUGGAGAUGAAGAAGAAAUCUCUUGUGAUGUUUCUUUUCUUUUUUUUUUUUAAAUGACUGUGCUCAUGUGAGGUUGUGAGUGAGGUUGGUGUGAGUCUUGGUCGUUGCUGAGGGGGGGGGAUCCCCUCCCCACAAAAAGAAAAAAAACUCCCCAAAUUUCUCCCUAAAAAAGGUUUUCCCUAGAAACAUUUCCUCACACACAUCAACUUUAUGUAUAGCGACAGGGGUCUGGCAAUAGAAUCGAAUGAGAUUAUCGAAACCGCGAGAUGUGGUUGGAGGGAAAAUAUCGAAGCAGGAGGAGGAAGUGAUUGUAAAUAGAAGGAGGAGUUAUUUUAAGAGAUUUGAUGGAGCGAGAUGAUUGUGCAGAGAAAAAGACUGAAGGUUUAAAGUUGGCGGCUCAACAGUUAAAAAGCUCAGUCACGAGUGUCAAUGCAUCAGCUCUGUGCUGUAUAUGAAUGUGACCUUGUCAUCUAUCUGUGUAUCUUCGUGCCUGGUGCUAUCUGAACCAGACCAUAUCAGACGGCUGAUAUUACAAGACCAUAUCUGUAGCGCUUUGGAGACCUGGUGGGUGAAGGUUGAUAUCUCUGUCUGCCUCUCUGGAUGAGGAUGUAUCGCGUAACAACCAUUUAAAUCCCCUCAAAGUUUUGUGCACUUAGAUGCCUGCCUCGAGGGACGACACAGGAGCAGCCGAACCUCAAGACCAUUCGUAAAAGCUUCUCCGCAAAACUAAACCAAAGCGACUUAAAAUCUGUAUGAAACCCUGAUAUUCUUCUGUUUCCUCUGAUGGAAAUGACUUGUGCAGGGCACGUUGUAGCUCGGUUUUGUUAAAUCAUGAUCUUUUUCAGUAAGAAGUCUAAAAUGAAAAGCUGUUUCUCUUCAUGAGGCCGUGAUCAGCGCUACUACAUAACCCGCAUAACUGUUUGGCAUUUUAUUUUGCCCGUGUACCACAUAAGCAAGCGGAUUUUCAUGUGGGAAGGGAGCGGAUGAGAGUCAUCGUAACACGCUCAGAUAUUUGUUUGAAGACAUGAAAGCAGCCCUGUGGUAUGUUCACAGCAUGGUGCCAACCUGAAUAUUUAAAUUGCUCCUUUAUAUUUGGGAAAUUCAACAGAAAAGAAGCUCAUGCUUCAGAAACAAUCCAACACGAGCCCACAAAAAAACAUGAAAACUGAUUUUUAUUUAUUCAGAUUCUCAUUUAGAUGGUUUCACAAAAAACGAGUUAUCUUUCAAGAUCCGUCAAAGCUUCUGCGGCAGAUUGCAGAGGGGAGAGGAGAUGUCAGCUGUGUCAGUGCUAAAAGCCUCUAAGUGGUUUCAAGAUGCAGGUCUUUCCAUCAGCAGCUGCACCUUUCUCGCAGCUGUUGGAGGAAGCCCAGAGUUCAGCCCUUAAGGUAACAACACAUGGGCAUUUUCAGGAGUGGAGACGGGGACAGGGAGGCCUUUUUCUAUAGAAAACUACAGCGGGUUGUAAAAACUGAAGGAAAAUGGGAGUUCUGUGUUGCCAACAUGUGUUGUCUGUGUCUUUGAGCAGAAAACAGCCAAAAGCCGAUGCAAAAAGUAAUAAAUAAAAAAAUAAGGCUAAGAUAUUGCAUAACGGGAAAGUUUUUUUUUUUUUAAAAAGAUACCAAAUCAGGCAAGGUUGCAAGAAGAACAAAUUGGGUCAGGAAACAUGACUGCAGAAAUGUAGCCGCAGGGAGGAAGGCGUGGAUGUUACUCAUUACAAGGAGACAGAGAAAAAAAACACGUGGAUGGAAACGCUCGAAGUGGAAAUAAACACACACCUUACAAAUAAGUGCAUAUCUGCCUGCUCUGACCGCUGCUCUGCCGGUCCCGUGUCCCUGAGACGUGACAAGCACAACCUAUUUGCGACAGUAUUAUUGCCAAAAAAGUACUCCCGAGUGCAGCGCAACACCACCCACCGGUCUGUUAGCCUGACAAAUCCUAUUUUCUUCUCCAUCUAUAUUUUUCUUCAGCUAACCUUCAACUUUGAAAGACAUGAGAUUUACUUUAUUUAUUGAUAAUUUAUUGACACUGUAUUGGUUACUUAUUUUCGCCAUCUGAAUGAGAGGAUGUUGAGGAAGCGCGCGUGUGUGUGCGUGUGUGCAAAUGUUCUUGUUGUCAUAUGUAACAUUUCCUGUCAUCUGACUCUCACGGCUACAAAUCCACAGAUGAAAGGCAAGAAAAGAGAGGAAUCCAAACUUACACCUGGAAUUCAAAUCUGAAGAGUUUAGUCAGUAUUCAAACUGGAUCUGUUGUCUAAUCUUAACUGGUAAUCUAUCCAAUUAAUGUGCUGAAAUAACAGAGGACUCUUAACUACAGGUUUAAGAGUAGUUCGGACCAAUCCGAGCCACAGAAGCGAGGGCAGACAAACAAACAAACAAAAACCAACAACAACAACAAAAAAAUGAUUAGAGACAAAAGGAGAGGAACAGAGAGAGGUGGAGAGAUGAUGGGAGGUUGUAUUUGUUAGCUUGUGUGUUCAUUAUUGGAUGCCUUCUAUCUUGCCGUCUGGAUGGAAACAGCUGUUCCCCUGUUACCGCGGAAACAAGAGAAAUGUUGGACAUUAAAAAAGAAAAAAAAUGACUUAUUC